UACGGGGAGCGGUGAAAAGCGACUAGCAGAUGAUUCCCUUUUAACCCCUUGUUAAUCAAUAUGUAAAUACGACGAAGGAAAUUUACUUAUGAACUUAUCGUUGAGGUCAAAAAAUGUUAAAUUAAUUUUAUUGGGGGUCUUCUACCUGAGGGCCGUCACGUACAGAUUGUGUACGAUUCAGUUUCACAUUUUAUCGACCGACAGUCCGUACGUACACUCACUCACUCCUCCAUGUGUGCAGCGACAGUGCUAACAGAUACGGUACAUCGUCACCAUUAUUUGGAGCCCGGGGGUAGGGGAUGACGUCAGUUAACUGUGACGUAGUGGUGGUUGGGGCCGGGCUGUCCGGGUUGACAGCCGCCAACGCCCUCCUGGAGAAGGACAGCACUCUAAAUGUGAUCGUUUUGGAGGCUAAAGGUCGUAUUGGCGGACGGACACUGACGAAACAGUUACAGGGGUCUGACGGGAAUUUUGACUUUUGGGAUGUCGGCGGUGAAUGGGUUGGAAGACCCUAUCCUCACCUACAGUAUUUACUGCAGAAGUUUGACAUAAACACGUUCAGUCUCCGUCAGCAAGAUGUAAAACCAGUCCCACUGCGUCUGCUACCUUCCUGGGACAUCUACUUCCUGUCUCUCAGGCUACGAAGACGAAAACAUUUUUUUGACCGAUUUGGUGUUAACCAAAUGAAGAGUUCUGUAAAGGCUCUGGAAUGUGACGGGAUUAUGUUUGAGGACUAUUGUAAAGCUCGGCUCUGGACGGAAGAUGCCCGACAUACUGUGGAGGCGGCUUGUAAGUCAAUGUUCGGACUGAAGCCCACGGAGAUGACCCUACUGUACUUCCUGAUGAAUGUGUCGUCUGCUGGAGGCUUCGACACAUUUCUGCAUCCAGAGCUGUGUUCUGGUCAGGAGCGAAGAAUCAAGGGUGGAUCACAACAGUUGUGCCAUCGUCUGGCGCAGGUCAUGGGAAAGAAUGGAAUCGUGAAGAAUCAACCGGUCACUCACAUCACCCAGACAGAUGACAGAGUAUCCGUGCUUACUACAGACAAGACUGAGUACCAAUGUAGGAGGAUCAUCAUGGCGGUGCCUCCCCACCUCCUCGCGAAUAUCCACUUUACGCCCGAUUUACCCUCCAACAAAGUAGAUAUCCUCCGGAACAUCCCCCUAGCCCACAUCGUCAAGUUUGUCUACAGUUACGAAGAGAGGUUCUGGAGUAACGAGGGGUCCGAAGGGCACGGUUUACAGGUGGUUCUGGAGGAUCACGCGGACGGUCCCGUGGGUAUAGCCUACGACGGAACCUCGUCCCGGAACAACCCCGCCAUUGUGGGUUUCGUGUCUAGUACAAAAGGACCUUUCCACGUACAAGACUUCCAACUCCCUCAUCAGUCGACACCGGAACAGGAGUCCCGUCGCCAAAACGAGGCUAUAUUGUCUGUUCUUGAAGACGCCAUCGGACCGGAAGUUCACGAUUACAUCGACUACGCAUUCGUAGACUGGAGCACGGAAAAGUACAAUGGCGGCUGUUUUUUGAAAAGCAUUGUUCCGGGGACUACGAGACAUUUGUGUCAAACACUUAGGGAACCCUUCGAAAAUGUUCAUUUCGCCGGGACGGAAACCGGAACCGUCUGGUGUGGUUUGAUGAAUGGCGCCGUGCAGUCUGGGCUGAGAGCCGGCGCGGAGGUGCUGUUCCAUCUCAGACCGGAACUAGUGGAGAGUGAGCUUCCGGACAACGUGGACUUAUCUACCAACCGUAUAACUUCCUGUUCAAGCGGAAGUGGAUUCUGGAUGUGUUGGGGGUUUGGCGUUCUGGGCUUGACAAUAGGUGUCAUGGGAAUGUCUUUCGCCAGAAAAUCCAUCUAUUUGCCGUUUGAUACACUGGAGCGAAUAUUUGACGUCUUUCAAAAAUUAUACUACUAAUAAAAACCGAGACCUGUACAAAAAAAGGUAGCUGAUCAAAGUUAGAAUACUUAAAUAUUCAACACGGAAGCUUUCUAUGUGAUGUUUGAUGUUGUGUGGGAUUUGUUGAGGGUUGGUGUAUUUUUGUCUCAUGUAAUCAAUAAGAUUUCUGAUGUACUGAUUUAAUGGUUGUUUAUGAUGUUAGAACAGUAAACUGUGUUUCUAGUCAUUUUAAAAUUUGCUGUAAUAUUGUUAUACAAUGUACAAUAUACACCUAUAUUUGUCUCAAAGAGACUUUAAACGGACAUUUCCAUUAUGUGGAACUGGACUGGGUCGCCAUCGAUUUGUCGGAUUGACAAGGAAGCUUAAUUGGUUCGAAUGUCUGUCAAGAGUUUGGAGGCCCAAGUUCUAAUCCGAGUUAUACUGUUCUAUAAGUGAUGUCGUCGCCGUCGUCACCGUCAACACAAACUUCAUCAUUGUCCUCCUCCUCCUCCUCCUCACCAAAGCCACCGACGUCUUCACCGUCAUCGACGUCUUCACCGUCAUCAACAUCAUCGUCGUCCGCGUCGGCGUCAUCGCUGCCGUCGCCGCCACAACUAUGAUUAUCGUCGUCACUGUCUGUUGUCCAUAUACACAGGGUAAUAACAAACACUUGUAAUAUAGCUAUCUGUGUAUUAUAACGGCUUUACAUGUAUAUAAGCUAGUUCCAUGCAGAUAACUUAUCUGCUUCCGUACUUUUAGCGCGAAUUUAACGGUUUCUGUGAUAUGUAAUAUGACACCAACUUUUGUAAAGUGAAUAAAACAGCGUUACUUUUAGCGGGCGCCCUGAAGCGGUGUCACGCGCGUAACGUCAAAACAAGAAUGAUAAAUUUGUAAGUGAAACCAGAGACGUAUAUAUAAUGUGUUAUAUACGUCUCUGGUGUAACGUUAUAGACUGCUCAGUAAAAUAACGGUAUAUACUCUCGGUAAUUGUUUGUGUUUGCGCAAGAAAAUAACUUAUUUACAGCGAUUUGAGACAUAUUUUCAAAAACGAAUCCUUUUAGCGUGAAGAAGUAUCUACAGAAGACUAAAGUUGCUAUUUGAGAAGCUGGUAUGUUAGCCACUGUGAAAUACAAUCGGGAACCCUGGUCACUUUCUGUUAACGAAAACGGAAAGUGCCGAUGGUUCCCGAUUGCUUUCAAUGCAUCAUUUCACUGCAAUCGGGAACCUGAUCCGGUCAGUGCAAAAAAUCCGAGUUAUUCAACAAAGGCCCACUAAUUUGCGAUUGCCUCUCAUGAAAGGAGAUACCUAGAUAUUGCUUUAUAGAUGUCCUUGAUCAAUGUAAGAAAAUUGUAUAUGUAUGCAAAAACAUUCAUCAUCUAAGCUUUCCAUUUAAUAUUUGCUGAUCUGUGUAUUUUGUUUUUGUGUAAUGUACUCAUUUAUAUAAAAUUUCAGAAAUGAAUUGAUUUAAUUAAGAAUUGGACUGCUUUUGUAUGGAAUUUAUUAUCUUUUUGAAUGACACAGCUUUGCAAGCAAACAACAUAAUGCGUAUGUCACGUGUAAACCUUCCUAAAAUCCUUUAAAAUAUCAAAAAAUCUUCAAUUUUGGCUCUAACAAAGUAAUUAGAGGCUUCAGAAUAGCACGAAUGAUUCGAUACUAUGAUAUAUGCUAUAUAAGUUAUGUUUUAAAUGUCUCACGAAUUUCUCACGAAUUGAGAGAAAAAAUCUCACUGUUUUGGACCAAAUUUCAUUAAAAAUAAUCGCAUAAUGCUAUAUAUAGAUAUACAUUUUUUACGCAUUACAAUAAGAAGCGCGUUUUAGUAAUACUACCGAAAAUCAUCCGGAAUCCUACAAACAUGUAUGAUUUAUGAUAGAUCGAAUUAAUCCCCCCCCCCUUUUUUUUUUUUUUUUUUAGCAAAUCCCGAUAAUUAUAUCUAGACGUGUGCCAAAGUUCAUCAAAAAAGAAUAAAAAAGGAAAUUAACUUUAAAUAAGUAAAUAACAAAUGCUAUAUAGAAUGAAAUGGGGAGACCACUUGGAAUGUUGGCACCCUGUUUUAUGAAUAUUGCCCAUUCCAGUAAGGCCAGUAAUGGUCGCUGUUUUUUAUUGGAAUGCGUGGUAAUUUUGAAAUAUUUACUAACUUACAUGUUUUUCAGUAUAUUAUGAUGCUAUUAUAUAAAGAAUAAUUACAGGUAUUUUUUUGAAUGUUUUGGAAUGGUGUUAUAUUGAAUGAAAAAUAAUUGUUAUUUAUUUUCCGCUGAUUUCCGGAAUAAAUGAUAUUUU